AUGGCCCUGGAAGUUGCAGUACAUACAAUCGGACAACUUGAGCAAUACAGAAACACCGUUCACGACACGAUCACAGAGGACUUUGACAACGUGGAGAAGAACCUACUUACCAGCCUCGAAGAGCUCUCGGUCGACCUCGACAACCAUAUUGGCGAGCUGACCAGCAUCGAGGAGCCCCUCAAGAAUUCAUUGGAUACCGAGACAUUGAGCAUCAUCCAAGAUGGACAUGAGGAACCACGAGAAGUUCUGCUACAGGACCAAGUCUCCGCGUUUCGGAAACUGAGAGAGGACAAGGAGGAGGUGUUGCGUAAGCUCUGGGAAGACUGGGAAAACGUACAACUUCAGCUCAUAGGACUGGCUGCGGAAGUUCUCGGUCAAGAUGCGUUGACCUUUGCCCAAGUGCGAGACGAGGACCUGAAGCCCGGUCAGAAAGAAAAGCUACAGAACACGCUCACGGCUGCUCGGAGACUGUUCGACGAGAAGGGCAAACAUCAUGAGGGUCUGGAGCAAGAUCUGGGAGGUUUCCAAGAGAGCAUUAGCCGGAUCGCAAACAAGACUGAGAAGGCCGUGGUGGAAAUGCAGCAGCAAUACAAUUCACAGAAGAGCAAGUUGUUCAAAGGUCUACAUCGACACAUCGAGCUUCUUGCCGCGUUGUAA